GCUGCGGGCUCCUUGCGGCCUGUUCUGCGGCUCUGGCGCCCGCGCCGACCGUAUCGUUGGGUGAGCGGACCGCGCCUGUGGGGGAGGCCGGGCAUUCGGGUUCUCGGCGGCGGCGACUCCAGGACCAGGCGGGACAGCACAGAGCCAUGGCCGGGGCGACCUCGGCUCCGGAUUGGCACAUAGGGACUAACCUCCAACGAGAGGCCCAGACCCAGUCUGCAGAGAUCUCCCUUCUAGCCAUCCUGUCUGCUGUUCAGGCCUUGGAGAAGAAGACAGAGUCUCAGGCUGUCCACCUUCAGAGCCUGGAAGUACGAGCAGGGACAGCCGAGAAGAAGCUGGCCGACUGUGAGAAGACAGCCGUGGAGUUCAGCAACCAGCUGGAGGGCAAGUGGGCCGUGCUGGGCACCCUGCUGCAGGAGUACGGGCUGCUGCAGCGGCGGCUCGAGAACGUGGAGAACCUGCUGCAUAACAGGAGCUCCUGGGUCCUGCGGCUGCCCCCCGGCAGCAAGGGCGAGGCCCCCAAGGGUUCAGUGACUACUGAAGAGGUGGCCAGGGCUGUCUCAGAGCAGCAGGAGGGCGGCCUGGAAGACUGUCAGAAAGAACUCCAGAAGCAAGUAGCCAAGGAGAGUUCUGAAGCACUGGGCUCACUUGACUUUGCAAGCUGCAAGCCAGAGCUCCCGACUUCAGUGGCCCAGGCUGGCGAGGAAGGCAGCCACAGCCUGCCCAGUGCAGACUGGGGUGAGAGCCCAAGCACAGAAACAGGCCAGCUGGAAUCUCCACAAGCAGUUCUGUCCUGGAUCAAGCAGGAGAAAGAAGCCUGUGGGAGGAACCUGCAGGAACCAAUCAUGACCAUAGCACACCUGUGCUCAGCAGACACCUGGAUGGGCAGCAAAGUGAAGAGGAGCAUGGAGGGAGAGCCCACAGGGCUGGAGUCAGCCUGGGUGACUGAAGGGGAUUCUGGCAAGGAGGACUUCAAGAGGGGCCCCUGUGAGGAUCCACUUCUAGUCCCCAGGGAGAGAGAGUUGAUGUCCUUCCCUCUAGGCUCCCAGAGUGAGCCUGUGCCAGCUAUUGAGGGCAUUGAAAGUGGCCAGAAGUUCAGUGGUGAAGAGCUCAGUGCACAGCACAAGCACCCAUACCACAAUUCCCAGCCCCUGGCCAGUGCCAAGUGUCCCCAGAAUGGCACACAGCGCGUCCCUCUUACCAGGCGUCGUCAUGCACCCACAGCGCAGCGCUCCUACACCUGUGUCCAGUGUGGCAAGAGCUUUGUCCACCAGUCCACACUCACCACACACUACCGCACACACACUGGAGAGAAGCCUUAUGAGUGCACUGAAUGUAAGAAGCGCUUUGGCCGCCUGUCCACGCUGCUGGAGCACCGGCGCACGCACACGGGCGAGCGGCCCUUCCCGUGUGGGCAGUGCGGCCGCCGCUUUGCCCGCCUGUCCACGUUGGUGGAACACCGACGUACGCACACAGGUGAGAAGCCCUUCCCAUGCACCCAGUGCGACAAGCGCUUCACACGCCUGGCCAACCUGACAGUGCACCAGAGUGUGCACUCGGGCGAGCAUGCCUUCCAGUGUGCCCAUUGUGGCUCCUGCUUCCCACAUAAGCCCAGCUACCUGCGGCACCUGCGUAGUCACACUCAGGAGAAGCGCUUUGCCUGUGGCCAGUGUGGCAAGAGCUUCUCCUGUCGCUCCUGGCUCAUGCGCCACCAGAGCAUCCAUUCCAGCCCAAUCUCCUCUUUUGUGGCUUGUGACUCCCCACACUCCCCAGGCCAUGUGUCAUCCACAGACGUUUUUAAAGGUAGGGGAAGAGCCUUCGGUGAACCUUCUGUCACGUCCAGAUCCAGAGGCCCUGGGACUGAUGAGGAUUACAAGGCGUACCCUGGAGGCAGGCAGCUGAGUGGCAAUGAUCAGCUGGGGAGGUCUCUCCACAGUUGUCUCUCUGUCAAGAUGGAGAAUGCAGGAUAGCACCCUGCAACUUCCCUAACAUGGGGCCCCUUGAAUCCAAGGUGCCUCUCCUAGACCACUUCCCAGGUCAGUGUUCAUGGUGCCAUCCUCUAAGAUACCCAGGAAAUGCCCGAUGGUCAAAGUACCCAUGGACUUGUUGCAGUUGCUUGGUGUCCCGCAGGCAGAACUUGAGCCCUCUCUAGAGGGGCUGGGCUGCCUGGGUGGGAGCGUGGAGGAGUGGCUUACUUUGCCUCUGGCCAACCAGGCAGUGAUUGAGGGAGAACAUGUCCCAGUUAGGAGAGGGUAAGAAUUCAGUGCAGAAAAAUGAAUAGAAAAAGGGGGAAUAAAGAACAACAAAAAACAACCCUCAGUGCUUGCUUAUUUUUAGUCACACCCCUUUGUGUUUUUACCUACCAAUAUGCAGAUUUUAAAGACCCAGAAUUCUGCCGCCUUACCUUUUAGGGGGCAGUGGGUAUAGAGAUUGAACCUAGGGCUUUGCAUAUGCAAGGCAAGCACUCUUCCACUGAGCUACAUUCCCGGUCUU